CUCCGCUGCUUUUGCCAGCCUCCCCGAGAAAGGGUCGCGGCGGCUUCCCCCCGCAGGGUUCAUUCCUAACUGAGGGGGAACGGCGGAAAGGGAGCAAGCUCCCGGCUCGCCCACCCGCCGGAGAAGCCAGCCCAUCGCUCCGGCAAGCCAACUCCGGCUGGCGGAGGAGCUGCCGGGCGGGCCCUUACCGGCGCGCUCGGCUGACCGGGGACCGACACCUCCCGCGCGGGCAGCUGCCCCGCCGCCUCCCCGCCCGCCCGCCCGCUGCGCCCAUGCCCGGCUCCGCCAAGCGAUGACUCUGAGCGCGGAGAUGUCCGCCGCCGCCUCCGCCUUGGCCGAAGAGACAGACAUCGACGUGGUCGGGGAGGGAGAGGACGAGGGGGGCGGCGACGAGGACGAGGACGACGAGGAGGAGCCCCCUCCCCGGCGGCCCUACGACGAGGAGGAGGAGGAGGACGAGGCCAUCUCGCUGCCCAGGUCCCCGGGGGGGCGCGCGCCGGCAGGGUCCCCCGGCUCCGGCUCGCCCUCCUCGCCCUCCUCCUCGUCCUCGGGCUCCCCCUCGCAGCCGGGCCCCUUCAGGGCGGCGGGCGGCGGCAAGAGCAGCCUGGUGAAGCCGCCCUACUCCUACAUCGCCCUCAUCACCAUGGCCAUCCUGCAGAGCCCCAAGAAGCGGCUGACGCUGAGCGAGAUCUGCGAGUUCAUCAGUGGCCGCUUCCCUUACUACCGCGAGAAGUUUCCGGCCUGGCAGAACUCCAUCCGCCACAACCUGUCGCUCAACGACUGCUUCGUCAAGAUCCCCCGCGAGCCGGGCAACCCGGGCAAAGGCAACUACUGGACGCUGGACCCGGAGUCCGCCGACAUGUUCGACAACGGCAGCUUCCUGCGGCGCAGGAAGCGCUUCAAGCGGCAGCCGCUGCCGACGUCCGACCUGCUCCUCCGCGGGCUCGAACCCUCCGCCGCGGCCGCCUUCCUUCACCCGCCGCCGCCCGGCGCCCAGCCGCCGCCCGGCCACCCCGGUCAGCCCCCCGCGUACGCCUACGGGCCUUACAGCUGCGGCUACGGCCUCCACCUCCAGCCCUACCCCGCGCCCUCGACGCUCUUCGCUUUCCCGCCCCAGGAGAGGCGGCCGUCGGCGUCGGGCCCUGUCCUACCACCUGCUCUGCCUUCCCUCCUGGGCCCGGCCGCGGCGGCGGGCCCGGACCUGGCCCGGACUACCAGUUUCAGCUACGCGGCCCAGUUGAGCCCGUCGCUGGCCGCUUCAUUGCAGGCGGCCGCCACCAAGACCCCUUCAGCCUUGGCGCGCUCCCCGUUCUCCAUUGAGAGCAUCAUCGGGGGCAGCGUGAGCCCCGGGCCGGGGAACCGCUGCGGGUCUCAGGCCGCGGGGCUGCCGGUCCUGGCGCGAACUUUGAUGGCCUCGCCGUCGCCUUCGCCCUCGCUGACCUCUCCCGCCGUGGCCGCCAACGCCUCUCUGGGAACUCUGCCCCCCGCGCCGGCCUUGGGCAGCGUGGAAAGCUGCGCGGCCAGGAUUUCCAACUGCUAGCUUGCCUGGGCCGCCAGCCUCGUCUUGCCUUCGGCUUUGGAGAGCAACGACGCGGAGAGACCUUUCCGGACAGAUCGACUCGCUGGUUGGUUCCUCUGCGCCCUUUUUUUUUCCUGGCUUGUUCUCUGGCCUUCCGGUUUGCUUCUUCUUCCGUACCUCUAUUUAUGCAAAGCCAUUUCUUCCAUGCUGCAGAGACAGAUGGCAGAGAAACGGUCCGAAGGUCUCUGCUUUGAAAACAGACGCCGCCCUGUCCCCCCUUUUCAAAUAUCUUUUUUUUUUAAAAAAAAGUUUUAUUUGCUUUCCGUUGCAGAGCUCGCUGGGUUCCCCCAGGAAGGAAGGGGGGGGGGGGGGUUAACAUGGGACUCCAGCGAAAAUAUUGAGGGAGUCGUCGUUUGCAGCUCAUUUCCCUCCUUCUUCCCCCCCCCCCACGCCCCGGUACUUUUUAUGCACGGAAAGAUCAAAAUGUUUACAUAGAAGAGAUUGUCAUUGUUUUAACCUGGG